CAAUCUGAGACAGCAGCAGAGGUGCUGGGGAGAAGAGGAGCGUUUGAUCCACUUUCCCGAUUCCGUCUGACACUUCACUUGGACAGGGAGAACAAAAAACGGACAACUGCAUGAUUUAGAGGCGCCGGCUCCCCUCAGCAAGCAACUGAGCAAGGCUAGCUUGAUGCUCAGUUCAGCCUGCUAGCCUUUGUGGCAGGCUGUCUGUGCAUCCAAGGAGCCCCUAGCAACUCCGGGCUGGAAAAGCCUUGGCUUUUGCCUUGACAGCAUACAAAAAUUAUUCUCCGAGUGGGCAGAAAGCAGUAAGCCCUGUCAGCUUAAUUGCGCACCGCGGAAAGCGCAUUUACAGUGAGGAGCAUCAUCGCCUGGGCACAGUAACACGUCGUAUAGCCUGUCUGCAACCUCCAGCUUGACAGGACUAAGAGGCGAUUGAUGACUAAUAUUCCGUGUCUGUAUCUUUUAAGAUAGGCUACAAUGUUGCGCACCACGGCCAACAUGUUGAUGACGGGAUUGCUUUUCUUGGGAUUUUUGCACAGUUUGGAGGUAAUCGUUCCAGCAAGGGCUAUUGAUGCCCCAAAGACCUGCAGCCCGAAGCAGUUUGUGUGCAAAGACCAGGUAACGUGUAUAUCCAAGGGCUGGCGCUGCGAUGGGGAGAAGGACUGUCCAGACGGCUCAGACGAGGAGCCUGACGUUUGUCCUCACAGUCGUGUAUCACGGUGCCCUCCCAAUGAAUACCACUGUGGGGGAACAGAGCUUUGCAUCCACAUGAGCAAACUGUGCAACGGAGUCCCAGACUGCACUGAUGGGUGGGAUGAAGGACCCCACUGCAGAGAGUUUGCCUCCAACUGCACUCUCUCGGUUUGUCAGGACAGCUGCGCGGUGACCCCAACAGGACCCGCUUGUUACUGUAAAAGUGGCUAUGAAAUCAGCCAGGAUGGAAAGACAUGCAAAGAUUUUGAUGAGUGCAGUGUGUAUGGGACCUGCAGCCAGUCCUGUACCAACACUGAGGGCUCCUACACCUGUUCCUGUGUCGAGGGCUACUUGCCCCAGCCAGAUAACCGCUCCUGCAAGGCCAAGAACGUGCCAGUGGACCGUCUGCCCGUCCUACUGAUCGCCAACUCUCAGAAUAUCCAAGCCACGUCCCUGAGUGGCACCACAGUCCACAGCCUGCUGUCCACCAGCACCAAGCAAACCACGGCCAUGGACUUCCUCUAUGCCCAGGAAACUGUCUGCUGGAUCCAUGUGGGAGACUCCCCUGCCUCCACACACCUCAAGUGUGCCAAGAUUCCCAAUCUGAAGAGCUUCACAGAUGAGAGAAUCAUCAACAUCUCCCUCAGUCUGCACCAUGUUGAGCAGAUGGCCAUCGACUGGCUGACAGGAAACUUCUACUUUGUGGAUGACGUGGAUGACAGGAUCUUCGUGUGUGACAAGGAUGGCCAGACAUGUGUCACCCUCCUGGAUCAGGAGCUGUACAACCCUAAAGGCAUCGCCCUGGACCCCACCAUGGGGAAGGUUUUCUACACGGACUACAGCCAGAUCCCUAAGGUGGAGCGCUGCGACAUGGAUGGCCAGAACCGCACCAAACUAGUGGACAGUAAGAUUGUGUUCCCCCAUGGCAUCACACUGGACCUGGUCAACAGGCUGGUGUACUGGGCUGAUGCGUAUUUGGACUACAUUGAAGUGGUGGAUUAUGAGGGCAAGAACCGGCACACCAUCAUCCAAGGCCUUCUGAUCGAGCACCCAUAUGGGCUGACAGUGUUUGAAAACUACCUGUACGCCACCAACUCGGACAACGCUAACAUGCAGCCCAAGACCAGUGUGAUCAGGGUGAACCGCUUCAACAACACAGACCAUCAAGUAGUGACACGGGUGGACAAGGGAGGGGCAUUGCAUGUCUACCAUCAGAGGCGCCAGCCCCCAGUGCGUAGCCAUGCAUGUGAACCGGACCAGUUUGGGAAGGCUGGAGGCUGCUCUGACAUCUGCCUGCUGGGGAACAGCCACAAAAGCCGCACCUGCCGCUGCCGCUCAGGAUUCAGCCUGGGCAGCGAUGGCAAGUCCUGCAAAAAGCCAGAGCAUGAGCUCUUCCUGGUUUAUGGAAAAGGCCGCCCAGGAGUCAUCAGGGGCAUGGACAUGAAUGCUAAGGUGCCAGAUGAGUACAUGAUCCCCAUAGAGAAUCUAAUGAACCCCAGGGCCCUGGACUUCCAUUCUGAGAGCGAGUUCAUCUACUUUGCCGACACGACCAACUACCUCAUCGGACGCCAGAAGAUCGAUGGAACAGAGAGAGACACCAUUUUGAAGGAAGGAAUUCACACCGUGGAGGGCAUCGCUGUGGACUGGAUGGCAGACAACCUGUACUGGACAGAUGACGGGCCUAAGAAAACGAUAAGUGUGGCACGACUGGAAAAGGCCUCGCAGACCCGCAAAAUCCUCAUCGAGGGAAAAAUGACCCAUCCCCGUGCCAUUGUGGUGGAUCCCCUGCACGGGUGGAUGUACUGGACGGUGUGGGAGGAGGACCCUAAGGAGAGCAAGCGAGGGAAGAUAGAGAGGGCUUGGAUGGACGGCUCCAACAGAAAUGUGUUCCUGUCCAGCAAAACUGUGCUUUGGCCCAACGGCCUCAGUCUGGACAUCCCGCAGGAGAUCCUGUACUGGGUGGACGCCUAUUACGACCGCAUUGAGAUGGUCUACCUUAACACCUCUGAACGCAAGACGGUGUACGAGGGCCAGGAGUUGAACCACGCCUUUGGUCUGUGCCACUAUAAACAUUUCCUGUUCUGGAACGAGUACCGCAGUGGCAGUAUUUACAAGCUGGACACCACCACCGGCACUGCCACACUGCUGCGCAACGAGAGACCACCCAUCUUUGAGAUCCGCAUGUAUGACGCCCAGCAGCAGCAAGGCUCUAAUGCGUGCCGUGUGUACAACGGUGGCUGCAGCAGUCUGUGUCUGGCCAUACCAGGGGGCAGGCAGUGUGCCUGUGCUAAAGACCAAAUACUAGACCCAGCUGACAACACCAGCUGUAAAGCCAACCCGUCGUAUGUCCCCCCUCCUCAGUGCCAGCCCGGGGAGUUUGCCUGUAAGAAUAACCGCUGUAUCCAAGAGCGCUGGAAGUGUGACGGAGACAAUGACUGUCUGGACAACAGCGAUGAGUCUCCCGAGCUGUGUCACCAGCACACGUGCCCCACGGACAGAUUCAAGUGCCAGAACAAUCGCUGCAUCCCUCUGCGCUGGCUCUGCGAUGGGGACAAUGACUGCGGAAACGACGAGGAUGAAUCCAACACCACUUGUUCAGCUCGCACCUGCCCCCCCAACCAGUACUCAUGUGCCAGCGGCCGCUGCAUCCCAAUCUCCUGGACAUGUGACUUGGACGAUGACUGUGGUGACCGCUCAGAUGAACCCGCCUCUUGUGCAUACCCCACCUGUUUCCCCCUCACCCAGUUUACCUGCAACAACGGACGGUGCAUCAACAUUAACUGGCGCUGUGAUAACGAAAAGGAUUGUGGGGACGGCUCUGAUGAGUUGAAUUGCCCAAACCCGACCGAUAACGACUGCGGGGACAACAGUGAUGAAGCAGGCUGCAGUCACUCCUGCUCCAGCGCUCAGUUCAAGUGCAACAGCGGCCGCUGCAUCCCAGAUUACUGGACCUGUGACGGAGACAAUGACUGUGGCGACUACAGCGACGAGACCCAUGCCAACUGCACCAAUCAAGCCACACGGCCCCCUGGAGGUUGUCACACAGAUGAGUUUCAGUGUCGAAUGGACGGCCUCUGCAUCCCCUUGCGCUGGCGCUGUGACGGUGACACUGACUGCAUGGACCUGAGCGAUGAGAAGAACUGUGAAGGUGUCACUCACAUGUGUGACCCAGCUGUCAAGUUUGGCUGCAGGGAUUCUGCGCGCUGUAUAAGCAAAGCCUGGGUGUGUGAUGGGGACAGUGACUGUGAGGACAACUCCGAUGAGGACAACUGUGAGGCACUGGUGUGUAAGCUCUCUCACCAUGUGUGUGCCAAUGACUCCACCAUCUGCCUGCCUGCAGAGAAACUUUGCGAUGGCACUGAUGACUGCCCAGAUGGCUCUGAUGAGAAACUCUGUGACUUGUGUUCACUGGACAAUGGUGACUGCAGCCAUAACUGCACAGUGGCCCCUGGCGAGGGUGUGAUCUGUUCCUGUCCGCUUGGCAUGGAGUUAGGCCCUGACAACAAGACCUGCCAGAUCCAGAGCUUCUGUGCCAAACACCUUAAGUGCAGUCAACGCUGUGAGCAGGACAAGUUCAGUGUGAAAUGUUCCUGCUAUGAGGGCUGGGAACUGGAGCCUGAUAUGGAGAACUGCAAGAGCACAGAUCCUUUCAAACCCUUUAUCAUUUUCUCCAAUCGCCAUGAGAUCCGCCGCAUUGAUCUGAACAAGGGAGAGUUUAGUGUGCUGGUACCUGGCCUGAGGAACACCAUCGCCCUGGACUUCCACCUCAGCCAGAGCGCCCUCUAUUGGACGGAUGUGGUGGAAGACAAGAUCUACCGUGGGAAGCUGUCUGAGAACGGGGCUUUAACCAGCUUUGAUGUGGUAAUCCAGUAUGGGCUAGCUACCCCUGAGGGCUUGGCAGUGGAUUGGAUAGCGGGGAACAUCUACUGGGUGGAAAGCAACCUGGAUCAGAUUGAGGUGGCCAAGCUAGAUGGCACCAUGAGGACCACCCUGCUUGCUGGGGAGGUGGAGCACCCUCGAGCCAUCGCCUUGGACCCCCGGGACGGGAUCCUCUUCUGGACGGACUGGGAUGCCAGCUUGCCGAGGAUUGAAGCAGCAUCUAUGAGUGGGGAGGGCAGGAAGACCAUCCAUAAGGAAACUGGCAAUGGAGGCUGGCCAAACGGACUCACUGUGGAUUAUCUGGAGCGCCGCAUCCUCUGGAUUGAUGCCAGAUCUGACGCCAUUUACUCAGCCAAGUAUGAUGGUUCCGGGCUGAUCGAGGUUCUGAGAGGCCAUGAAUAUCUGUCUCAUCCCUUCGCCGUCACCAUGUAUGGGGGAGAAGUUUAUUGGACGGACUGGAGGACCAACACACUGGCCAAGGCAAAUAAGUGGACAGGAAAUAAUGUCACUGUGGUCCAGAGAACCAACACCCAACCUUUUGACCUCCAGGUCUACCAUCCCUCCAGACAGCCCCAGGCUCCUAAUCCCUGUGCAGCCAACAACGGCAUGGGACCCUGUUCUCACCUGUGCCUCAUCAACUACAAUCAGACUUUCUCUUGUGCCUGCCCUCACCUCAUGAAGCUGGGCACUGACAAGCACACCUGCUACGAGUCUCGUCAGUUCCUGCUGUAUGCCCGCCAGAUCGAGAUCAGAGGAGUGGACAUCGACAACCCCUACUACAACUACAUCAUCUCCUUCACCGUGCCAGACAUCGACAAUGUGACGGUGGUGGACUAUGACGCCAUGGAGCACCGCAUCUACUGGUCGGACGUCCGCACCCAGACCAUCAAGAGAGCCUUCAUCAAUGGAACCGGAGUUGAGACUGUGGUCUCUGCUGAUCUGCCCAACGCUCACGGCCUGGCAGUGGACUGGGUGUCCAGGAACCUGUUCUGGACCAGCUAUGAUGCUAAUAAGAAACAGAUUAAUGUUGCCAGACUGGACGGCUCCUUCAAGAAUGCUGUCAUCCAGGGCCUGGACAAACCACACUGUCUGGUGCUGCACCCAAUACUGGGGAAGCUCUACUGGACAGAUGGGGACAACAUCAGCAUGGCCAACACAGAUGGCAGUAACCGCAGUGUGCUGUUCACCAAUCAGAAAGGACCCGUCGGUCUCUCCAUUGACUUUGACAGUGAGCAGCUGUACUGGAUCAGCUCAGGGAACAGCACCAUCAGCCGCUGUAAGCUGGAUGGAUCUGGACUGGAGAUCCUGGAGGGGGUCAAGGGCAAACUGACCAAAGCCACUGCUCUGGCCAUAAUGGGAGACAAGCUGUGGUGGGCAGACCAAGGCACUGACCAGAUAGGAACCUGUGACAAGAAGGAUGGAGGCAACUGGAAAGUGUUGAGGAACAGCACCUCCCCCAUGAUGCACAUGAAGAUCUACAAUGAAACUGUGCAAAAAGGCACCAAUCUCUGCAGUAAUAACAAUGGAGACUGUUCCCAGCUGUGCCUCCCCACCUCCCCCACAACACGAGCCUGCAUGUGCACUGCAGGAUACAGCCUCCGCAGUGGGCAGCAGUCUUGCGAGGGUGUCGGCUCUUUCCUGCUGUACUCUGUGCAUGAGGGCAUACGUGGCAUUCCCUUGGACCCAUCGGACAAGUCUGAUGCACUGGUACCAGUGUCAGGCACCUCACUGGCUGUAGGCAUAGAUUUCCAUGCUGACAAUGACACUAUCUAUUGGGUGGACAUGGGCCUGAGCACCAUCAGCAGGGCCAAGAGAGACCAGACCUGGAGAGAGGACGUGGUCACCAACGGCAUCGGCAGAGUGGAGGGCAUCGCCGUCGACUGGAUAGCAGGCAACAUCUACUGGACGGAUCAAGGCUUUGAUGUGAUUGAAGUGGCCAGAUUGAACGGCUCCUUCCGCUACGUGGUCAUCUCCCAGGGCCUGGACAAGCCCCGCGCCAUCACUGUCCACCCUGAGAAAGGGUACUUGUUCUGGACUGAGUGGGGCCAGUAUCCCCGUAUUGAGCGAUCCCGUCUGGAUGGAUCUCAGAGGGCUAUACUGGUCAACGUCAGCAUCAGCUGGCCCAACGGUAUCUCCAUUGACUACCAGGAAGGUCUGCUGUACUGGUGUGAUGCAAGGACAGACAAGAUUGAGCGCAUCAACCUUGAGACUGGAGAGAACAGGGAGGUGGUGCUAGCCAACAACAACAUGGACAUGUUCUCUGUGUCUGUGUUUGAGAGCUACAUCUACUGGAGUGACAGGACCCACGCUAAUGGCUCCAUAAAGAGAGGAAGUAAAGACAAUGCCACCGACUCUGUCUCUUUGAGGACUGGUAUUGGAGUACAGCUCAAAGACAUAAAGGUCUUCAACAGGGCGAGGCAACAAGGAACAAAUGUUUGCAAAGACAACAAUGGCGGGUGCCAGCAGCUUUGUCUUUACCGCGGGAAUGGACAGCGUACGUGUGCCUGUGCCCAUGGCAUGUUGGCUGAAGAUGGACGCAGCUGCCGUGACUAUGAUGGCUACUUGCUCUACUCAGAACGAACCAUACUAAAGAGUGUUCACCUAUCAGAUGAAAACAACCUAAACGCACCCAUAAAACCGUUUGAGGACCCCGAGCACAUGAAGAAUGUAAUUGCUCUCACGUUUGACUACCGAGGAGGGGGAGGAAAAGGAGCCAACCGCAUCUUCUUCAGUGACAUCCACUUUGGCAACAUCCAGCAGAUCAACGAUGAUGGCUCCGACCGCAAGACCGUGGUAGAGAAUGUGGGUUCUGUGGAGGGCUUGGCGUACCACAGGGGCUGGGACAUGCUCUACUGGACCAGCUACACCACCUCCACCAUCACCCGCCACACAGUGGAUCAGAGCCGCUGGGGUGCCGCUGACAGACACACCGUGGUCACCAUGUCUGGAGAUGACCACCCCAGAGCCUUUGUUCUGGAUGAGUGUCAGAGUCUCAUGUUCUGGACCAACUGGAAUGAGCAGUCCCCCAGUAUCAUGCGUGCCACCCUGACCGGUGCCAACGUCCUAGUGAUCAUCGGCAGUGACAUCCGAACUCCCAACGGCCUGGCCAUCGACCACCGUGCCGAAAAACUGUAUUUCUCUGAUGCCACACUGGACAAGAUUGAGCGCUGCGAGUAUGAUGGCAGUCGGCGCUAUGUGGUGCUGAAGAAUGAGCCUGUCCAUCCGUUUGGCCUGGCUGUGUACGGGGACUACAUCUUCUGGACUGACUGGGUGAGGAGGGCCGUCCUUCGGGCUGACAAAUACACAGGAGGAGACAUGAAGGUGCUGCGUGCUGACAUCCCUCAGCAGCCGAUGGGCAUUGUUGCAGUGGCCAAUGACACCAACAGCUGUGAGUUUUCUCUGUGUCGUGUAAACAACGGAGGAUGUCAGGACCUGUGUCUGCUGACCUCUGAGGGAAGGGUCAACUGCAGUUGCCGUGGUGACAGGAAGCUUUUGGAGGACAACACGUGCAUAGCAAUGAACACUACGUGUAACAACAUCGAUGAGUUUGAGUGUGGAAACGGAGACUGUGUCAACUACACGCUCACUUGUGAUGGCAUGGCCCACUGCAAGGACAAAUCUGAUGAGAAACAGUCCUACUGUGCCAACCGAGUGUGCAAGAAGGGCUACAGACGGUGUGUGAAUGGCCGCUGUGUGGGCCAUAGUUCCUGGUGCAAUGGACAGGAUGAUUGCGGAGACAAUUCAGAUGAGCUCUUCUGCAACACCACGCUGUGCUCAGCCGAGCAGUUCCAGUGCCGAGACGGAGGCUGCAUAUCCAACUCCAGCAAGUGUAACCAGCAAGUGGACUGUGAGGAUGCCAGUGAUGAGAUGAACUGCUCUGCAACGGACUGUUCAAGCUAUUUCCAUCUGGGAGUGAAGGGGGUGACAUUUCAGAAGUGUGAGUUCACCACACUCUGCUAUGCCCCGUCUUGGCAGUGUGAUGGAGCUAACGACUGUGGAGACUUCUCUGAUGAGAGAAAUUGCCCAGGGAGUGGGAAAACAAAAUGCCCAGCGCCGUUCUUUGCCUGUCCUAGUGGACGCUGUAUCCCUAUGAGCUGGACCUGUGACAAGGAGAAUGACUGUGAGAACGGCGCAGACGAGGCUCACUGUGAUAAGUUCUGCUCAGCUUCCCAGUUUGAGUGUGGGAACCACCGCUGCAUUCCCAACCGCUGGGUGUGUGAUGGAGCUGAUGAUUGCGGUGACGGCACUGAUGAGGACAGCAAGUGCAAAACCAAGACGUGUAGUCCUGAAGCUUUCCAGUGUCCUGGAUCUCAUGUGUGUGUGCCUCAGCGGUGGAAGUGUGAUGGGGACAAAGACUGUCCUGAUGGGGCCGACGAGAGCGUCAAAGCUGGCUGUGUGUUCAACAACACAUGCAGCAACAAUGAGUUCAUGUGCCAGAAUAGACAGUGUAUCCCCAAGCACUUUGUGUGUGACCAUGACAAAGACUGCAGCGACGGCUCAGAUGAGUCCUUGGAGUGUGAGUAUCCAACAUGUGGGCCCACCCAGUUCCGCUGUGCAAAUGGACGCUGCAUCACCCAGAGUUCAUGGGAAUGUGAUGGAGACUUUGACUGCCAUGACCACUCUGACGAAGCCCCUAAGAACCCACGCUGCAGUGGCCCAGAGAAGAAAUGCAAUGACACCGCAUAUGCCUGCAACAAUGGGAACUGUGUCAACGAGACAUUGCUCUGUGACCACAAGGAUGACUGUGGCGAUGGCUCUGAUGAGCUGAACUGCUUUAUUAACGAGUGCCUGAACAGCAAACUGAGUGGCUGCUCCCAGCUCUGUGAAGAUCUUAAAAUAGGCUUCAAGUGCAGAUGCCAACCUGGCUUCCGUCUUAAGGAUGAUGGAAAGACGUGCAUCGACAUAGAUGAGUGCACAACCACCUAUCCCUGUACCCAGCGUUGUAUCAACACACACGGCAGCUUCCACUGUCUGUGUGUGGAGGGAUUCCAGCUUAGUCCCGAAAAUCCCACAAUUUGCAAGUCCACCUCUGAGGAGGAGCCCUUCCUCAUCUUUGCCAACCGCUACUACCUAAGGAAGCUCAACUUGGAUGGCUCCAACUACACAUUGCUCAAACAGGGCUUGAACAACGCGGUGGCUCUGGACUUUGACUAUCGCCAGGAGAUGAUCUACUGGACAGACGUGACCACCCAGGGCAGCAUGAUCCGACGCAUGCACAUCAACGGCAGUGAUGUACAGGUCCUUCAUCGCACGUCACUCAGCAACCCAGAUGGUCUGGCUGUGGACUGGGUGGGAGGAAACCUAUAUUGGUGUGAUAAGGGACGGGACACUAUUGAGGUAUCAAAGCUGAAUGGGGCAUACCGAACAGUUUUGGUCAACAGCGGCCUGAGGGAGCCACGUGCUGUUGCUGUGGAUGUACGCUAUGGGUACUUGUACUGGUCAGACUGGGGUGACAACCCCCACAUAGGGAGAAUUGGGAUGGAUGGCACCAACAGGAGUGUCAUUGUGGAAGACAAGAUCACUUGGCCCAAUGGCCUCACACUGGACUUCAUUAAUGACCGCAUCUAUUGGGCUGAUGCACGGGAAGACUACAUUGAGUUUGCCAGCCUGGAUGGGACUAACAGACACACAGUUCUGAGUCAGGACAUCCCCCAUAUCUUUGCUAUGACUCUGUUUGAGGAGUACAUCUACUGGACAGACUGGGAGACCAAGUCCAUCAACAGAGCUCAUAAGACCCUGGGCAUCAACAAGACCAUGCUGAUCAGUACCCUGCACAGGCCCAUGGACAUCCACAUUUACCAUCCCUACCGCCAGCCUGAGGUGGCCGGCCACCCAUGCCAGACAGACAACGGAGGCUGCAGUAAUUUGUGUCUGCUCUCACCUGGAGGGGGCUACAAGUGUGCCUGUCCCACCAACUUCUACCUGGCAGCUGACGGCAAACAGUGCAUGUCGAACUGCACUGCAAGUCAGUUUGUUUGCAAAAAUGACAAGUGCAUUCCAUUUUGGUGGAAGUGCGACACUGAAGAUGACUGUGGCGACCGCUCGGAUGAACCUGCAGAUUGCCCUGAGUUUAAGUGCAGACCAGGCCAGUUCCAGUGUGGCACAGGCAUCUGCACCAACCCUGCCUAUAUCUGUGAUGGAGACAAUGACUGCCAGGAUAACUCUGAUGAAGCCAACUGCGACAUCCAUGUAUGCCUGCCCAGUCAGUUCAAAUGUACCCAUCCCAGUCGCUGUAUCCCGGGUAUCUUCCGUUGCAAUGGACAGGACAACUGUGGAGAAGGAGAGGAUGAGAAAGACUGUCCGGAAGUCACUUGCGCUCCCAAUCAGUUCCAGUGUGCCAUCACCAAGCGCUGUAUCCCACGGGUGUGGGUUUGCGACAGGGACAAUGACUGUGUGGAUGGAUCUGAUGAGCCAGCCAACUGCACCCAGAUGACGUGCGGUGUGGAUGAGUUCCGCUGUAAGGACUCUGGACGCUGCAUCCCAGCCCGUUGGAAGUGUGACGGGGAGGAUGACUGUGGUGACGCCUCGGAUGAACCCAAGGAGGAGUGCGAUGAGCGGACAUGCGAGCCGUACCAGUUCCGCUGCAAGAACAACCGCUGUGUGCCUGGCCGUUGGCAGUGUGACUACGAUAACGACUGCGGUGACAACUCUGAUGAGGACAAGUGUGUGCCGCGCCAGUGUUCAGAGAGUGAGUUUGCCUGCACAAAUGGUCGCUGCAUUGCCGGGCGCUGGAAGUGUGAUGGGGAUCAUGAUUGUGCUGAUGGCUCAGACGAGAACGGCUGCGAUGUUAAGUGUGACAGCGACCAGUUCCAGUGCAAGAAUGGCCACUGCAUCCCCAUUCGCUGGCGCUGUGACGCUGAUGCUGACUGUAUGGAUGGCAGUGAUGAAGAGAAAUGUGACAGUGGUGUUGGAAGGCACUGCCCACUGGAUGAGUUCCAGUGUAAUAACACCCUCUGUAAACCCUUGGGUUGGAAGUGUGACGGGGAGGAUGACUGUGGCGACAACUCUGAUGAGAAUCCAGAAGAGUGUGCAAAAUUCCAGUGCCCACCCACAAGGCAAUUUCGUUGCCAUAAUGACCGCGUGUGUUUACCACUAUCGAAGCGCUGUGACAGUGUCAACAACUGUGGGGACAACAGCGAUGAACUCAACUGCCAAGUGCCUCCUCCCACAUCAAUCUGUCAGAAGGAUGAGUUCCAGUGCUCUAAUGGCCGUUGCAUCAGCUCCAUCCUGCGCUGCAACUAUUUCAAUGACUGUGAGGACUACGGCUCCGAUGAAAUCAACUGCAAUAAGAAAGACACAGUACUGAACGACUGUCGUAGUAACAGGACAGUGUGUGGAGACGGGGACGAAGCUCACUGUGUGGUAAAUGGCACCGACUCCUUCUGCUCCUGUAAACCUGGCUUCCAGUCCAAGGGCCACAACAGAUGUGAAGAUAAGAAUGAGUGCAAUCAGUUUGGAGUGUGUUCCCACAUCUGCAACAACACCAAGGGCUCCUACAAGUGCAGCUGCCACAAGUACUUCACAAGAAUCAAUGACACCUGCAAGGCUGAUACUCUGAGACAGGUGCUCUACAUUGCUGAUGACAAUGAGAUCCGCAGCCUGGACCCCGGAAUGCCAAACUGGCGCUAUGAGCAGAUCUUCCAGGGUGAUGCCAACGUGCGCAUUGAUGCCAUGGACUUGCAUGUCAAGACCAAUCGUAUCUACUGGACCAACUGGCACACAGGGCGCAUUUCCUCCUACGAUCUGCCUGCCUCCUCUUCCUCCCCCAAUAGCAACAACCGCAAUCGUCGCCAAAGUGACUCCAGGGUCACCAACCUUGAGAUCCCUGACCUGAAGAUGCCCCGUGGCAUCGCUGUGGACUGGGUGGCAGGGAACCUGUACUGGACUGACUCUGGCAGAGAUGUCAUUGAGGUGGCCCAGAUAAAUGGUGGACGCCACCGCAAAACGCUGAUCUCUGGCAUGAUCGACGAGCCCUAUGCCAUCGUAGUCGACCCCCAAAGAGGGAAAAUGUACUGGGCGGAUUGGGGGAAUCACCCUAAGAUUGAAACUGCUGCCAUGGAUGGAACCAUGAGAGAGACCCUGGUUGAAGACAACAUCCAGUGGCCAACUGGUCUGGCAGUGGACUACUUCAAUGAACGUCUGUACUGGGCUGAUGCUAAACUGUCCUUGAUCGGCAGCGUGAGGCUGAAUGGCAGUGACGCAGUGGUGGCUGUAUCUAGCAUUAAGAACAAGCUUCAUCAUCCCUUCAGCAUUGAUGUCUUUGAGGACUACAUCUACGGCGUCACCUACAUCAACAACUAUGUCUUCAGGGUGAAUAAGUUUGGCAAAGGCCCCAUGGAGAACCUAACUACGGGAAUGAACCACGCUACAGACAUAGUUCUCUACCACCGCUACAAGCAACCUGAAGUGAAUAAUCCAUGUGACAGAAAGAAGUGCGAGUGGCUGUGUCUGCUCAGCCCCAGUGGACCAGUGUGUACCUGUCCCAAUGGACGGACACUGGACAAUGGCACAUGCGUGGAGGUGCCCACCCCCACACUGUCUCCCAUCUCUCCUCCAAGCGGCCCCUGCACUGUCCAGUGUUUGAAUGGCGGCAGCUGUUUCCUGAAUGCCCACAAGCAGCCCAAGUGUCGCUGCCAGCCUAAUUAUGGAGGAGACCGCUGUGAGAUUGACCAGUGCAGAGACUAUUGCCAGAACGGGGGUACAUGCACAGCUUCCCCUACAGGCUCUCCUACAUGUCGGUGCCUGACAGGGUUUACAGGGCCAAACUGUAACCUGCGGACCUGUAAGGAUUACUGCCAGAAUGGAGGCAACUGCACAGUCAGCGCUGGCAACCAGGCAACCUGCCGCUGCCCCCCUGACUUCCUGGGAGACCAGUGCCAGUAUAGCAGCUGUGAGGGCCACUGUCUUAAUAGGGGAACAUGUCUGCAGAGCGCUGAUGGCUCUAAACAGUGCCGCUGUCUGCCUCAGUACAUCGGCGGAAAAUGUGAGAUUGACAAGUGCCAUUACUGCCGCGACGGCAAGUGUAUCCCCACCAACAGCUACCAGCCCACAGGGGAAGUUACCUGCGUGUGCACCAAUGGUAGAAUCCAACCCAGCUGCUACACCUGUGAUACACAUGAGUACUGUGCAAAUGGCCAAUGCUCCAUAAACCCCCUCACUCACCUUCCAGAGUGCAGAUGUUCAACUGGCUGGACAGGGCAUCGCUGUGACGUGGUAGCCACCACUAAAGAAACCUCACAGUCCGGCGGACGCACAGCAUCCAUAGUGAUCCCAGUGUUGAUCCUGUUGCUGCUGAUUCUAUUGGCUGGAGGAGCGUUGUUCUGGUACAAGAGAAGGAUGAGAGGGGCCAAGGGCUUCCAGCACCAAAGGAUGAGCAAUGGGGCAAUGAAUGUGGAGAUUGGAAAUCCUGCCUACAAGAUCUAUGAGGGCGAACCAGAUGAUGAUGCCGGGGAGCUGCUAGAUGCAGACUUCACACUGGACCCAGACAAGCCCACCAACUUCACAAACCCAGUAUAUGCCACUCUGUACAUGGGAGCUCACAACAGCCGCAACUCUCUGGCCAGCACAGACGAGAAGAAGGAGUUGCUCUCACGUGGGGAUGAGGAGCCGCUUGUGGACCCACUGGCAUAGACUGUCCAUCGGCUCGGGUCAUACUAUUCCAAACACACCCCUCUUUUUGCCUUUUAACAAAAAGAAAAGGAAAAAAAAAAAGCUAAGAGAAAAUCGACAAAAA